AUGUCUUCUUGUUUAAGUGGAGGUGGAAGAGUUCGAUUAGACCUUGAGAUUAUUAAAUCCCCAUCCUCUUCUUGGAUUUCAAAUUCAUCAUCUUCAACUUUAACUGAAUCAAGCAAUUCCCAUAUUGCCAUCUCAACUCGAAAACCUCGGACACCUCGAAAAAGGCCUAAUCAGACUUAUAAUGAAGCUGCAGCCAUUCUUUCUGCAGCCUAUCCCAAAAUUUUCUCCCCCAAACACCUCACAAAGCCUUACAAAUUCACAAAACCACACAAUAAUUGUAACAAUAGUUUUCCGUAUGAGCCGUCCGACUUGUUUAUGCCUUUUGGUGUAGUUGAAAACUCGGGAUUCUUGUUGCAUCCACCGAAACUUGAAAAACCCAAUUUCCCAAUUGAGCCGAAAGGGAUUGGUGCAUUUGAUAAACCGUGCCAAAGUCCAGGGGAAAUCAAUUCGGGAGGGGGUGGUUCUUUGGAGAUUUGUGAUGACUAUCAAGAAGAUUUCGAUGCAGGAUCGAUACUAGGUGCAGAAAUUGAAGAGGGCAUUGAUAGUAUCAUGGGAAAGUUAAGUACUGGAAACAACUCGGUUGAUGAUUCGAGUGAUUUGAGUACUAGGCAAAUGAGUUCUUGGUGUUAUGGUUAUCCAAUAGGCCUAGGAUUUGGAGGUGCCUUUGGCUUUGGAAUGAGAAGGGAAGUGAGGGCAAUGAAAAAUGUUGAUGAUGGGAAUUGGUGGAGGUUCCCUAGUGUCAAUGUGCAAGACAUCACACCAAGAACCGGUAAAAUCCUUGCCGAGAAGAAGAAAAAGAAGGUCGAAAAGGCGGUUGAACACAAGAAUUCAACAUUAGCUAAGUUGAAGUCAAGUUCCAUUAAACCAAACAAGGUGAAUUCAGCUAGCAAAUCACCUAAAGAGGAGGCUAUACUGCCUAAACCAAAUGCAGGGUUGUCACUAAAAUUGAAUUACGAUGACGUUUUGAAUGCGUGGUCCGAUAAGGUCUCGCCAUUUUCUGGCGAAACUCCUCCGAACUCCGAGGCCGCCAGACCUGAUGUUCAAACAAGAUUGGCACAAAUAGAUUUAUUUGGAGAAGAUGAAGUGAGGGAGGCUGGUGUGUGGCGCUACAAAGAGAAGCGGCGUACGCGCCUUUUCUCUAAGAAGAUAAGAUGUCAAGUAAGAAAAGUAAAUGCUGAUCAACGGCUAAGAAUGAAGGGAGGAUUCGUUAGAAGCCCCGAUUCUUCGGACAGCGAGCAAGAAUUAUGA